AUGGCAGGCACUCUUCCUACAGGUGACGCCUACUUCAAGCAUGAGCACCUCAGGUGCAAUGGCUUUGAUCCCUCCGAUCCCGAGCACUUCUACACCCAUGUGCUCCUCCAGGUAGUCUACAAUGCCACCGUGGACGAGUUUGCCUCUUCCUUCGAUGCACAAAACGGCUUGCCCAUCAAGGACCACAAGCGGGCAGGCAGGCUGCCGCGACACUGGACCGCUGCCACGGGUACAGAAUACAUCGCGUAUAAAUACAUCACGGCCAUGACGGGGCCGAGCUGUACCACCUUGCAGGGAACCGACCAGCUGCGCACUGAUAUCACCCGGUCCGAGCUGGAGCGGAUGGGCAACGCCACUAGAGUCGCUUACAUCCCGGUCAAGAUCCCUUCGCUCAACGAGCGGUUCCUCUGGGUCGACCUGACCUUCCCCCUGCGGGCGAUCCUCCUGCCUGUGCAGCACCUGGCCCACCCCAGGGCCACCGAUUACUGCCGCUACUUCCAGUACGACUUGCGCCGGCUGAGGGCGCGACUGUCCAGCCUGACCUGCGUGGCUCCGGAGAGAGCCAAGCCUACCCAGCCGGAGGCCCCCCCCGCGGGGGACCUGAUCGACGAGCCAGACCUGCCGGACGAGUAUCUCAAGAAGCUGCGGGCCGCGGAUCGGGUCCCCGCCACGUACAAAAGGACCGAGAUGGUAUGGGAGCCCAAUGAAGCGCAUGGGUGGGCGGAUGCGCGGUGGACCGCCCGCUUCAACAUCCCGCUGCUGUACUACAUCGGACUGGUCCCCACGAAGCACCUGGAGGACGAGUUCCGAAACUGGGAGCGGGCCGUCUUUCUGUUCGAGUACUCCCAGGUGGAGCCAACCAACUACUUCCACGACCCCGUCCCCGCGGUCGUGGAGAAGAUCUGGGUGGAAUCGCCGUCGGUCUGCAAGCGCAACAUGGCCUCGUCGGCCGAGGUCGUCGACCUGGCCCAGCUGCUGUCCAAGAGCCACGCCACCUCGCUCCAGUAUGGGACGGAGACGGGGGCGGGGCCGACAUUCUCCAAGAUCGUCAACGACGUGGCGGUGCUGGGCGUGGGCAUGAUUCCCGUCGUCGGCCCGCUCGCGGCCUGGGGCUGGAAAGCGCUGUAUGACGCGGUCACGAACCCCGAGAAAUUUGUGGAGACGCAGUUCGGAAAAGGGAAUGCCACCGAGCUGCUGGCGACGCUGGUCUCCACCGGCAAGAAUCUGGUGCCGGUCCUCAGAAAGGAAACCUCCUCCUUCAAUCCAGCAACCGUGAUCCACUCCGCCGGCAAGGCCGUGCAGGGCCUAAUCGAUGAUCUGGAGGGGAAAGACGCCGACUCCGUCAAAUCCUCGCUCCCCGAGGACUACCCCGCGGUGACCCUCCCCGCCUCAGUCUGGGGUUGGAUCAAUAUGGCGGCAAUGGUGGCCAGCCCUUCUAUGCCUACCCGCCUAACACAACCACGUUGA